AUGUUUAAGAACGAACGUAUAGAUAUUGAUGACACUGAGCGCGAUGGAAGACAAUCAACUGCCACAAAUUCUGAAAUGUCUGCUGGCGUGAAUGAAUGCAUACUUGCAAACAGAUAUAGCACAACAAUAGCCGAAAUCUCUAAUGAACUGGAUAUUUCUCAUGGAGGUGUGCAUAAAAGUACUGCCGAUCAGCUUCAAUUUCAUAAAGUUUGUGCUCGACAAGUGCCUCGUCAACUGACGGAGGAAUAUAAAGGGAAGCGUUCUGAAACUGCGUUGAAAUUUCUGCGAUGUUACCAAAAUGAAGGAAAUGGGUUUUUUGACAAAAUAGUGACCGAAGAAAAGUCUGGGAUUCACUACUUCUCCCCCGAAAGGAAACGCAGCUCCCUCAAGUGGUAA